UCAGGUGAGGCAGCCUGGCCUAGCAGGCCCCACGCCACCGCCUCUGCCUCCCCGGGCACCCGCUGCUGCCGGGCCACCAUGCUGCCACCCAGGCCUGGGGACUGACCCUAAACCAGCACCAUCUUGCGGCUCCGCCCCCACCUGCCGGACCCCAGGGUAAGUGUCAGGGCCCCCAGGCUCACAGUUCCAGUCCUGAGGACGUGAGUUCCCUCAGGUCCCCCACCCAACCUGAUGCCCCCACCUGAUAGAGGAGCUCCCAGGGACCCAAAGAGUGGGACCUCAACUUCUCCCUCAGGACCUAGGCGUUCAACCCACUCUUCCUUCAGACUCAGAGGACAGGCCACAGUUCUCUCCUCUUCCCUCGUACUGAGGAGUCUUGGUCCCCAAAUUCCUCCUUCACCCUGAUGCAGGAAUUCAGGCCCUCAGCCCUCUCCUCUCUCAAGCCCAGGAAUUUAGAUCUUCAGGACCCUCCUCCCCCAGGCUCAGGCAUGGGGGCCCACAGCCCCCAUGGUCCAUGCAAAUCCGGGCAUCCCCUGGCCACUGGUUAGACACUGACCCCAGCCUUGAACCCAGCCCCAUCUGGGUCCGUGAUCACGGCGUGCUCUGGCCAAGGCCCCAGCCCUCCAGCCUCCCUGGAUGGGCGCCUGGGACUGGGGCACCAGGACUGGGCUGGGCUCCCCCAGGCCCUCCCUUCUGUUCAUCUCCCCACAGGUCCCACCCGGCCCAGGAGGUCAGCCGGGGAAUCAUUAACAAGAGGCUGUGACAUGGCGGAGAAGGAGGGUGGCCAGACUGUGCCAUGCUGCUCCGGACCCAAGGUGGCAGCUCUCACUGCGGGGACCCUGCUGCUCCUGAUGGGCAUCGGGGCGGCGUCCUGGGCCAUUGCCACUGUUCUCCUCAGGAGUGACCAGGAACCGCUGUACCCAGUGCAGGUCAGCCCAGUGGACGCAAGGCUCACGGUGUUUGACAAGACAGAAGGGACGUGGCGGCUGCUGUGCUCCUCACGCUCCAACGCCAGGGUGGCCGGACUCAGCUGUGAGGAGAUGGGCUUCCUCAGGGCACUGGCCCACUCUGAGCUGGACGUGAGGACCGUGGGCGCCAACGGCACGUCGGGCUUCUUCUGCGUGGAUGAGGGAAGGCUGCCCCAUGCUCAGAGGCUGCUGGAUGUCAUCUCGGUGUGUGACUGCCCCAGGGGCCAUUUCUUGGCUACCAUCUGCCAAGACUGUGGCCGCAGGAAGCUGCCCGUGGAUCGCAUCGUGGGGGGCCAGGACACCAGUCUGGGCAGGUGGCCCUGGCAAGUCAGCCUUCGCUACGAUGGGGCACACCUCUGUGGAGGGUCCCUGCUGUCUGGGGACUGGGUGUUGACAGCCGCCCACUGCUUUCCUGAGCGGAACCGGGUCCUGUCACGGUGGCGAGUGUUUGCUGGGGCUGUGGCCCAGGCCUCCCCCCAUGGUCUGCAGCUGGGCGUGCAAGCAGUGGUCUACCAUGGGGGAUAUCUGCCCUUUCGAGACCCCAGCAGCGAGGAGAAUAGCAAUGACAUCGCCCUGGUCCACCUCUCCAGCCCCCUGCCCCUCACAGAAUACAUCCAGCCCGUGUGCCUGCCGGCUGCUGGCCAGGCCCUGGUGGAUGGCAAGAUCUGUACUGUGACAGGCUGGGGCAACACGCAGUACUACGGCCAACAGGCUGGGGUACUCCAAGAGGCCCGAGUCCCCAUAAUCAGCAAUGAUGUCUGCAAUGGUCCUGACUUCUACGGGAACCAGAUCAAGCCCAAGAUGUUCUGUGCCGGCUAUGCUGAGGGUGGCAUCGAUGCCUGCCAGGGUGACAGUGGGGGUCCCUUCGUGUGUGAGGACAGCAUUUCUCGGACGUCACGUUGGCGGCUGUGUGGCAUCGUGAGCUGGGGCACUGGUUGUGCCCUGGCUCACAAGCCAGGAGUCUACACCAAAGUCAGUGACUUCCGGGAGUGGAUCUUCCAGGCCAUAAAGGUGAAAGUUGGGCCCAGGUGGAAGCCAGGGCUGGGAACACUUGGGACACUGAUGGGAAAAGAGGGAGGCAAAGAUUUUUCAGGAAACUCAAGCUCAGGCCCAGAAGAGAGACCCCCAGGGAACAGACGGACUUCAGAGGACUUCCAAGGAGGGGAAGGAAGUUGUGGGACUUGGGGGGAGGCCUCUCAGACCUCAGAAGCCCCCAGUUAUCUUUCCCCAGACUCACUCCGAAGCCAGCGGCAUGGUGACCCAGCUCUGACCUGUGACUUUUCCUCGCUGCGUUCAUCUCCAGGGUCCGAGUUCAUCUAGGUGGCUCCAGCCCCAUAUGUGGUAUUCAUGCUGGGCCUAGGAUGGAACAUUUUUCUUCUUGGGCCCAGCCCACAGGUCCAAGGAUACCCUCUAGGGUCCUCUCUUCCACAGUGGUGGGCCCACUCGCCUGGGACCACCUGAGCCUCACCCUCUCAACCCCCAUGUAAAUAUUAUUCUGCCAUCUGGGACUCCCAUCUAGGUGUCCCUGGUGACAGGAUGCUCUUUAAAUAAUAAAAAAUGGUUUUGAUUAA